GCCCGAGCUUUUUGGCUAUUCGGAGUUCGGAUUUCUCGCCUCGUUAAUUUCUUUUCUUCUUUUCUCCAUUUCGUGUUCUGUUCAAACUUCCCUUUUUUUUGAAUCUUCUUCUUCGCAUUCACAUUUUUUUCCCGGUGAAGAAUCCAAAGUUACGUUUGAUUUCCUGACGAAAAGCCACAGAAGCCCAUCAAAAUCGCCGUUGUCGGUAUAGCUUGGUCGGUCUCAGCGAUAUACAAUCAUGAAUCCGGAAUAUGAUUACCUAUUCAAACUUUUGCUCAUCGGAGAUUCUGGUGUUGGCAAAUCAUGUCUCCUUCUGAGAUUUGCUGAUGAUUCAUAUCUUGAGAGUUACAUCAGCACCAUUGGAGUUGACUUUAAAAUACGUACUGUGGAGCAGGACGGGAAGACAAUUAAGCUUCAAAUUGUGAGUAUAGUUAAAAUUUUAGAUGCAUUAUCUAUUCUUGGUUGCUUAUAUGACAAUGGCUGUAAGCAGUGUAGCACAUACCAAAUAGUUGUGUUCCUUAUGGCCUGGUGGAUAGCUUCUGCUUGUCCCUCUGGAAUUCAUGGCAUGAUCAUGAUGGCAAGCCAACCGGCCAUGAACAAUGCCAGGCCUCCAGUGGUGCAGCUCCAAGGACAACCUGUUGCUCAGAAGACUGGAUGCUGCUCCUCUUAGAUUCAAGUAUUUAUUGGUACUGUGUUUCCUGCUCAAUGGUAUGUAAAAGUAGUUGUCUUUUCUUUCUACUUGAAUUCUAAACGACUGAUCACUCCCAACCCGCUUUAUCAUGAUUUGCUUUUCAUUUUGGUUGCUUCAGAUUGUUGCUAAGAUCCAUUCUUUUCAACUACUUGAUUCUAAGAAGGCAUGUACAAAUCAGAAAUAUUAGUUGCAGUUAUUUCUUUUCUGUGUUGCAUCUUUCUAUCAUCAUAUAUCAUCUUUUGGAAACCUUA